AUGGCUGCACAACAACAAGAACUAGAUGAGAAGAACCCAUUCUAUGAGUUAGUAGUCAUUUGUAGUACUUCUGGUCAAUUUGACCAAACCGUAAAUUCGUUCAAAGAUAUUAUAAAAAAGUCUAAGUUAGUAUGUAUAAAAGAUACUGAGUUGUUAGAUUGGAUAAAGAAGUACCAAAGAAGAGUUUUGAAGUACAAUGCUAUAAAUGAGUAUGUCAAUUCUAAGUUUAAAGACCCAAAUGAGGAAAUGCAGAGAAUAUUAGAGAAGAAACACUUCAGAAACAAACAGAAAGAGAUAGAAUACAUUUCGAAGAAAUUGCAAUCUUACGAUUGGAAGACUUACCCUCACAGAUGUCUUCUUAUCUUAGAUGACUUUGCUUCUCAUCCUUUGUUAAAGAACAGAGAACAAGACAUGUGUCGAAUUCUUAAGAAGCUCAGACACUUUAACAUUUCAGUUGUCAUUUGUGUACAGACAGCCAAGAGUUUAAGUAAGGAUGUAAAGAGAAUACUUACUGACAUUGUACUUUUCCCCGGAUUGUCCGAAGACGAUUUCAUGGAACUUAUGAAAGAGUCCAUGGCAGGUAAGUUUGACAGACAUGAACUAUGGGAGAAGUACAAAGUCAUACAAGACCCUCAUACUUCUUUCAGAAUUCAUAUCUACGCAAACAAAGUUCAAAUUGUAAAAAGUCAAGCGUAA